AUGGAUCUAGUUGUGGUCCUGGUAGUAUGUGUCUCCUCUUUCCUUCUUGUUUUACUCUGGAAACAGAGCCAUGGGAAAGGGAAGCUCCCACCUGGCCCCACUCCACUCCCAAUCAUCGGAAAUGUCCUGCAGUUAAAUGUAAAGAAUAUCAGCAAAUCUUUGAGCAAUCUUUCCAAAGUCUAUGGUCCCGUGUUCACUCUGUAUUUUGGCAUGAAGCCCACAGUGAUAUUGCAUGGGUAUGAAGCAGUGAAGGAAGCCUUGAUUGAUCAAGGAGAAGAGUUUGCAGGAAGAGGAAGUUUUCCACUGGCUGAAAAAGCUAGUGACAAAUUCGGAGUCAUUUUCAGCAAUGGAAAGAGAUGGAAGGAUCUUCGACGUUUCUCCCUUAUGACCCUGCGGAAUUUCGGCAUGGGGAAGAGGAGCAUUGAGGACAGUGUCCAGCAGGAAGCCUGCACUCUUGUGAAGGAGUUGAGAAAAACCAACGGUUCACCCUGUGAUCCCACUUUCAUCCUGGGCUGUGCUCCCUGCAAUGUGAUCUGCUCCAUUAUUUUCCAUAAUCAUUUUGAUUAUAAAGAUAAGGAUUUUCUUAAAAUGAUGGAAAAAUUCAAUGAGAAUGUCCACAUUAUGAGUUCUCCUUGGAUCCAGAUCUGCAAUAUGUUCCCCAUACUCAUGGAUUAUUUCCCAGGGAGUCAUAACAGAUUUAUUAGUAAUACCAACUACUUAAAAAAAUAUGUUUUGGAGAAAGUAAAAGAACACCAAGAAUCCCUAGACAUCAACAAUCCUCGGGACUUCAUUGAUUGUUUCCUGAUUAAAAUGGAGAAGGAAAAGCACAAUAAACAGACUGAAUUUACAACGGAAAACUUGAUAAUGACGAUAAGUGACCUGUUUGCAGCUGGUACAGAGACAACAAGUACCACCCUGAGAUACGGACUCUUACUUCUGAUGAAGCACCCAGAGGUCACAGCAAAAGUUCAGGAAGAGAUUGACCGUGUGAUUGGAAGACAGAGAAGCCCUAGCAUGCAGGACAGAGGUAAUAUGCCCUACAUGGAUGCCGUGGUGCACGAAAUCCAGAGAGUCAUUGACCUCAUCCCUACCAACCUGCCCCAUUCAGUGACUCGUGAUGUCAAAUUCCGAAACUACUUGAUCCCCAAGGGUACAAACAUACUAAUAUCACUGACUUCUGUCCAUAACAAUGACAAAGAAUUCCCCAACCCGGAGGCUUUUGACCCUGGUCACUUUCUGGAUGAGAGUGGCAAUUUUAAGAAGAGUGACUACUUCAUGGCUUUCUCAGCAGGAAAACGGAGUUGUAUGGGAGAAGGUCUGGCCCGCAUGGAGCUAUUUAUAUUCCUGACCACCAUUUUACAGAAAUUUACCUUGAAGCCUCUGGUUGAACCAAAGGACAUCAACACCACCCCAGCUAACAAUGGAUUUGCAUCUGUGCCACACUCCUUCCAGCUCCGCUUCAUUCCUAUCUGA